UAUUUAUACCUUUAGCUCUCAGAAUGAUGGGAGAGAUGUUAGCUGGGAUCCAAAAGGGAAACUACACUGGAGGCAUCAUUUUAGAAAAUAGACUGAUGAUAAGUCAGUGUGCAGGUCUUUUUAAUGUGUGCUCCAAAGCCUCAUCAGCUGAUCCUUGUGUCUUUUGUAAUCACCAUGGCAACGGAUGAACAGGCAAUGAGGAAGAGAGAAAGGGUGUAGUUAGAAACAGGGUGGUGUGUGUGUGUGUGUGUGUGUGUGUGUGUGUGUGUGUGUGUGUGUGUGUGUGUGUGUGCAGGGAGCUUAGAGAUUCAGAGAAAAAGGAAAGAGAGUGACGAGUGGAAGUGGGAAUCAGACAAAACAGUUCUUGCACAGAGAAGAAGAGGAGGAGGAAGAAGAGAGGAGCUGAGACGAAGCUGUGGUUCUUUUUGUAAUUUAAAUUUUUUGGGUUUUCUUUUUUUUUUUUUUUUGUCUUUUUGCUGCCCAACAUGUGUUUCAGCUUGGUGAUGCUGUUCCUCUGUCUCUCCCAAACCGAGCUGGCAAGAGUUUGGGUUCAACAGCAAACAGAAAAUUGGUACAGUGUGAUCUCACAGCCACAUGAAGAGUCAACCGGAGGUGGCAGUCAUCCUCACAGAGCUCAGAGGUCGACUUCAGGCCACGUUAGGAUGAGCAGGGCGGUCCUGGGUGGAGGACUCACCAUCGACACCCUGCCAGACAACAUGACACACAUGGUGGAGGACUCUGGCAAGUAUUACACAUGGCGUUGCUUUGGCCCAGAAGACCAGCGCACACAGGAACUAUGGGUAGACAUGAGUGACAUCCAGCAUGGCCAAGUUAGAGUCCAUGGCAUUCUGUCAAAUUCAUACAAGCAGGCUGUGAGGGUUGCCCUGUCGUUUGACUUUCCUUUUUAUGGACAUUACCUGAGGCAGAUUACCAUAGCAACAGGAGGGUUUAUCUUCAUGGGGGACAUUGCUCACCGUAUGUUGACCGCAACACAGUACAUCGCCCCUCUAAUGGCUAAUUUUGACCCCAGCUUCUCCAAAGAUUCCACUGUACAAUACCUGGAUAAUGGUGAGGUGUUUGUGGUGCAGUGGGAGCGGGUCAGACUCCAAGGAAAAGAGUCAGAGGGAGCGUUUACAUUUCAGGCUGCGCUUUACAAAACAGGAACCAUCACGUUCAGCUAUCGAGAUAUACCUCUGCCAUUCGAUGUGAUCAGUUCGGCUGAGCAUCCCGUGACAGUCGGUUUGUCUGAUGCCUUCAUGGUCACGUCACCUUCUGCUAAAUCACCAGAUGACCAACAGCGGACGAUUUACGAGUACCAUCGGGUUCAGGUAGACACUACAAAGAUCACCAGCUUUUCUGCUGUGGAGUUCACUGCACUGCCAACUUGCCUGCAACACGACAGCUGUGAGCUCUGCCUCACAUCCAACCUAACCUCUGGUUGCAGCUGGUGCAAUGUACUCCAGAGGUGUUCAGAUGGCAUGGAUAGACACAGACAAGAAUGGUUGGACUAUGCCUGUUCAGACGAGAGCAAAGAUGCAACCUGUGAGGAUUACACCAGGGCCGACAGCUCCACCGAUUCCUCUAUCACACCAGAGAUCGAGGACGUGACCUCUUUAACUCCUCUACAGAAAGGCUGCGAAAGCUACGAUGAGACCAAACGUCAUAUAUUUAACACUGGCAAAGAUGUGAAGGCAGACUCUUCAACCAAGAGUGAAGGGCUGGCUAACACAGGAGUGAUAGCCGGUAUAGCCGCUGCGCUGGUGUUACUUCUGGCUCUGAUACUUGUCGCUCUUUACAUCAACUACCAUCCUACUACUGCAUCGCCGCUUUACCUCAUCCAGCGACGCAAGAACUACUGGCCUUCCUGGAAGUUUCAGAAGCAACAACCUGGCUACACAGAAGUGGAAGGAGAAGGGCAUGAAAAAGACAGCAUUGUUGAAGCGGGGCCAUGUUGAAAUGAGGGAUGGAAAGUUGGAUAAACAAGAUAUUUACAUUGAACUGAUUUCAACAAACAGUCAAAUAUUUACAUUUGUCAGAACAGUUCAAUUUCAGAGAUUCAGUUUGUGGUUGUUGUUUUUUUUUUUUUUUUAUAUAAAGCUGUUCGUGACUCCGUUGCAGAAAAAGAUGAGGUUGCUGAAUGUUAUAUGAUACUGGAUGAUUUCAUUAGAAAUGUUUUUUUUUUUAUUUUACUUUAUAAAACAUGACACAUGUUUGACAAGCCUUAGAAAUAUACAUAAACUAUGCUGUUUUGCAUCAAACGAAUAAAGACGUGGGUGUCCUUCAGUUUCAGUUCCUGCUGCCUUC